AUUUGGUGGUAGAUUGGAAUAGAAGAGGAAAUAUGCUGGUCGCGUCUCUUGCAAGAAAUGUUAAAGAGGAACUAGGUCGUCCUGAAUUCACACAUUUCUCUGAGUUCCACCGCUCCAAGCGAGAAAUUUAUAACUCUCAUAAUACUGGAUCAUGCUUUGGUGGCGAUUAUGUGAAUGAUGGCGACUGUUAUUGUGAACAUUCAGCUUACAAAGAAUUAAUUAAAAUCGUUAAUACAAAAUUGGGUUCGCUUUCUUUGGAAUGGAAGAAUAUGAAAUAUUUCGAAAAUUGUCAAAAAUCUUAA